UGCGUGUCUAAUAUAAUCAUGGGGUUUGAAAGCGUUUGUAUUCACUUAUAUGACACUGUAUAUGACCUUAUAAACGGGUUAGUAACACAAUUAUUUACAAUCAAUUAUUAUCAGCAAUACAAAUUACGACAAAUUUACUUGCUUUUGGAUGAACAGAUAAAUCCCAUUUUCAUAUUUUAAUUCAAAUGCCACGUCAGUUACCAAGGGGGCUUUCCCUUAUUCCGGGAAAACCUCUCUUCCGGUCGACACGGUGGGAAAAUACUGGGAACUCGUGUUACUUGUCUUGGAAUAAAAUAAAACUAAACAUUGCUCUAGCAAAGGAAUUGAACCAUAAUUGAUAAAUAACGUACGAAUAGCGACAUUGUGAUAAUUUAAGAUUAAAACAAAACAAAACAAAAAAAAGCAGGGGGAACAAAAGCUUUUCCACAGAAACUAUUUUGCUGUCCAAGACAUACCUCUAAGCUACAUUUUGACUUGCCACCAGUCGACCUUUCAGCUUAAUCCUUCGCUUAUUCAUGUCCCUCGAACGAAGUAAGAGGACACUCUUCGAGCGACGAAGUCGAAGAAUUAUUGGAAAGGACUUUUAGAAAGUCUAACCUACAUUCAAGUUGUAUUCAGUGUCCUAUUGCGGGUAGAAAAUUUGCAAGUAUGAAGAUAUAAAACUUCUAAAAUUAAUUCUAAUUUCGCUGCCACCGAAAAAUCUCUAUGUCUAUCGUAACGUUUUGCCAUAAAAAAAUGCUUAGACUAUCACAAAACGGCAAUUCUGGUUUUUAUUCUGCUCUGCUGAAAAAUGUGCCGGAUUUUACUGCAGAACUAUGAUUAAUAUUUCAUUCCAAGAAAAAUAGGAAAUUCGGUGUUUUUACCCUAUUUUUGAAGAGGGAUUCGAAAGCGGGAAAUUCCCAACCAAAUGACGUGUCCAAAGACUUGUUUUUGUGGCUUGAUACGCGCCUAUUUGAAAACAGUUUUUCUCAGUAUGUACUGCAAAAUGAAGCUGCUGGCGUCUUGUUUUCUCAUAGCGAUGUCCGUCGCGAUUAAUUUCGCUUCGAAUGCUCAAGGGGAGUCAGCUCGACUUCUCAUGAAGUUCAACAAAACGCAGAAAACUUUCGAGUUGAACGAAACUGUUCUGGAAGAAUUGUCUCAGCUACAGCGACCAGUACGAGUGAUCGCUGUAGUAGGCGAUGCCCGGAUUGGAAAAUCGACCACAAUGAACCUGAUAAGCCACAUCUGGACCAAAGUGAAUCGAAACAAGGUGGAAGAAAUAUUUGAGACCGGUGACACACUCGACUCUGUCACGCAUGACGUAUGGUGUCACAUCAUCCAAGACGAGCGAGGAGGUAACGUCGUGUUGCUAGAUGUAGAGGGCACAAAUUUAGGUGACGACGCUCUUACGAUUCAGCUAAGCAUGUUUACAGCCCUGAUUUCAUCCGGCUUGAACGUGUUUGUUCGCGAAGUGUUUCAGAAUAAUAACUUACACUUCCUAUUUCACAUGUCACGCCUAAGUGAUCUUGUCUUCCCGAACAUUAGUAUGCAAAACUUUCCAAAGUUACAAGUAGUCAUCCGAGGUGCACUACGCGAACCUGGAGGUAGAACGAUCGAGGAUUACACUAGAGAUUCCAUAGUGGAGCCUUCUUUCCAAGAAUCUAUGCAAGAGGAGAGAAAAACAAUAGCCAAGCACUUCCCAAGAAAUCAAAUCGCUGUGAGUCAGAUUCCGUUAGUGAGUCGAGAGCUGUUCAAAGAUUUCGAGAAACUACGCGAAAGUGACUACUGGUCUAUAAUGGAGCAGCUAGUUGGCAAAUUCAAAGAAUUUCCAGUAAAAAAGACCUUGAGGGGAAGUCCCAUAGAUGGUAAAGGUUUAGUGGAGUUGGCCGUUAGACUCGCGGAGACGAUGAAUGCAAACUCGUGGCCAGACUUUGCAAAUGUUUACGACGCCGUGGAAAGAAAUAUUUGCAAGAGAAGCCACGUCAAACUUAUCGAGCCGCUUUUUGCGUUAGUGAAAGCCGAGGAGAUCGAGGAGAAAAGUGGAGACGCACUGGACGCGUUUAAAAUGGAAUGUGAGUUGGAAGGUGAGAUUUGCGCUGCUCGAGACGAUCUACGGCGCAUCGCUGAAGAGAGGAGGAAAGCGGAGGAGCUGGAACUGAAGGCGAAGAAAGCUGAGGGUGAGAGAUUAGCCGCGGAAAAGAGACACGAGGAACAGGAAAAGAAAUUUCAACGUGAAUUGUCGAUCAAAGAUGAUCAGAUCGCAAAGGUAAAGAGAGAAAAGGAAGAAGCCGAGAUAAAAGAAAGAAAUUUUAAACAACUUCACGAGGAACAACUGAAAACCAUAGCUUUGCUUCAGCAAGCAUUAAGUAAAAAAAGCAGCAGCCUGUUCGAUUUUGUCGUACCUGUUGCAGUUGGAGCAGUUAUUGUGAUGAGCGACAGGGAUUUAAAGCUAAACAUAACCACACUACCCCACUCCCGUUACAAUGUAAUUGGACUCGAGGGCGCCUGCUGGGAAUGGAAUGAAAUCGCUCAGAAAACUUUCGGACUGACCGGGGAGGAGUGCGGCGUGAUCGCACAGGAAGUAGAGAAGUUGUAUCCAUUCGUCGUUACCAGAGGAAAGGAUGGCUACUUGUUGGUGCGAUAUGACGUGUUACACCAGAUUAUUAACACUCGACAUGGCAAGAAAUGCGCGCCGGAGUGUUAACUUAAAAAAGGGGGGAGGAGGGGGGUGGGGGUGAUAUCUUCAUCCAAUCAGAAAAAAAAACAAAAAACAAAUUCAAUGGUGACGUAACUUACGUGGCGUGUUUUCCCGCGCUUGACUCUGACUGCAUUUUUCAAUCCUGAAGUUUUAAGGCGGUUGGUUAACUGCGAUUAUGUCUUUUUUUGUUUGGUUACUAGGAUUUUUUGGCUUUAUUUUUUUCUAGUUUUGAUCCAAGUUUACACGCAAUGCAAAACCUCUGAAAGUCCACUUAGCUGAAGAGGGAGAAAAGUUUAAUUGAAACUACUUAAUAUAACUUAAAAAAUAGCCUAUCAUAUGUCCAUAUUUUAAUUUUGUGAAAUUUUCUGUUUCCCUUAAUUAAAACAUACCGAGUGCCUUGUUCAAGCCGUGAUUUGUUAUUUCCGAUUUUUAGCAUAUACUCAGACAGAGGUAUUAAAGAUAAACGAACAGCACGUGGAGAUUUUAAAGACAUUUUCCGUGUAUCACUGGGUAGAUAGCAAAAGUUCUUUCUUUGCCCUUUCCCCUUAAAUGU